AUGGGAUCAACGGGUGAGAUGAAGGACGAGACGCUGCCGCCUCUAAGAUUCAUCCCUCUGUCAUACAACCAUGCCGAUUCCCAGGCCUCUGCGCUCAGGCUUGUUCUGACGCUGAACCCGCAGUGGGAGGGUCCGGACAACAAGAUCGAGUUCGUGCGCUUCACGGACGGCAUCACGAAUACUCUUCUCAAAAUCAUUAAUCGGAAACCUGGCUGGACCGAGGAACAAAUAGACAACGAAGCAGUACUGAUGAGAGCGUACGGUAACCACACAGAGAUCCUCAUAGACCGCGAAAGAGAAACGACAUCCCAUGCGCUUCUGGCCAACCGUGGCCUGGCUCCUCCCCUUCUGGCUCGUUUCCAGAACGGACUUCUCUACCGGUUCAUUCGAGGCCGUCCAGCAACCCAUUUGGACCUGGUGAAGCCUCCGCUCUGGCGCGGCGUUGCCCGAAGGCUUGGACAAUGGCAUGCGGUGCUGCCUACCGGUGGACACAGCUCGUCCAGUUCAUCUGCCAAAGAGCUCCCCUUAUCCCACCAAGUAGAUGUCGACGAUCAGCAGCAACACAAGCAAGAAGAUGAUUUGGACACGAUCAAGCCCCGAGUACCCGGUCCCAACAUGUGGACUGUUCUGCAGAAGUGGAUCCUUGCUCUUCCCACCACGACCGAGGAGCAGCGUGCCCGAAGACGCGCCUUGCAGAAGGAAUUGGAACGCGUGGUGCGUGAGCUGGAUGAUGGAAGGGGUCUUGGUGACGACGGACUGGUCUUUGCCCACUGUGACCUCCUCUGCGCCAACGUCAUUGUCGUGCCGCAAUGUCCUGCCACUGCCGCAACCUCGGAUGAAGGAGCCCUGACCGUGCAGUUCAUCGACUAUGAAUACGCGACCCCCUCUCCGGCCGCUUUCGACAUCGCCAACCACUUUGCCGAAUGGGGCGGAUACGACUGCGACUACAGCAUGAUGCCCACUCGGUCCGUUCGCCGACAAUUCUUGACCGAGUAUGUCAAAAGCUACAGUCAAUACCGGGGGAUUCCCGAAUCGUCGCAGCAGGAGAUUGUCGACCGAUUAUAUGAGGAUGUUGAUCGAUUCCGUGGUAUUCCCGGAUUAUACUGGGGCGUGUGGGCACUUAUCCAAGCCCAGAUCUCACAGAUCGACUUUGACUAUGCUUCCUACGCAGAGACCCGGCUGGGUGAAUACUAUGCCUGGCGGCGAGAAGUGGAUGGCUCGCGGGCUCAGGCGGGUGAAGAGAUGCCCCUUCGGGAACGUCGCUGGGCUGAGCCUUAG